GUUAGUACGUCCAACCAUCCCCAUAUAAAAUAAGAUUUAGGGAGCAUACAUCCAGCGAACAAAUCUGCCACACAUUUCCACUUUCAGUGAUCUGCGUAGAGAUUCCGACGAUGAGCUGGUGGUGGGCCGGCGCCAUUGGUGCAGCCAAGAAAAGGUUUGGAGAAGAAGAUGACGCGCCACCCAAGCACCAGAGCGUGGCUCUAAUCCUCGGCGUUACCGGCAUUGUCGGCAACAGCCUCGCCGAGAUCCUCCCUCUGGCCGACACGCCCGGCGGCCCAUGGAAGGUUUACGGCGUCGCUCGCCGCGCAAGACCCGCCUGGAACGCCGACCACCCCAUCCACUAUAUCCAGUGCGAUAUUUCCGCCGAGGAAGACGCCCAAUCCAAGCUGUCACUCCUGACAGAUGUCACGCACGUCUUCUACGUGACAUGGGCCCACCGAUCCACCGAGACGGAAAACUGUGAAAUCAACCGGAAAAUGUUACGGAACGUUCUAAACGCCGUUAUCCCAAACUGUCCAGAUCUGAAACAUAUCUGCCUGCAAACCGGCCAAAAACACUACUGGGGACCGUUCGAACUGUCCGGAAAACUCGCGCACGACACGCCGCACCACGAGGAUUUGCCACGACUAGACGCGCCCAACUUUUACUACGCUCUCGAGGAUCUCCUGUUCGACGAGGUUAAGAAAAAGGAGGGAUUAACCUGGUCGGUUCACCGCCCGGCGCUCAUCCACGGCUUCUCUCCGUACAGCAUGAUGAACAUCGUCGGAACUCUCUGCGUCUACGCCGCCAUCUGCAAGCACGAAGGGGCCCCACUGAGAUUCCCCGGCGUUAAAGCUGCGUGGGAUGACUACUCCGUUUGCUCCGAUGCGGAUUUGAUUGCAGAGCAAGAGAUCUGGGCGGCGGUGGACCCAUACGCCAAGAACGAAGCUUUCAACGUCAGCAAUGGCGACGUGUACAAAUGGAAGCAUUUCUGGAAGAUCUUGGCGGAGCAGUUUGGGGUAGAAGAUGGGGGAUUUGAGGAGGGGGAGAGGCUUACUCUGCAGGAGAUGAUGAAGGGGAAAGGGGCUGUUUGGGAUGAGAUUGUGGAGAAAAACAACCUACGACCUACGAAAUUGGAGGAUGUUGGAGUGUGGUGGUUUGUGGAUGUUAUCUUGGGUAUAUGUUAUCCUCUAGACAGUAUGAAUAAGAGCAAAGAGCAUGGGUUUCUGGGGUUUAGGAACACCCAGAAAGCCUUCGUUUCAUGGAUUGAUAAGAUGAAAGCUCACAAGAUUGUUCCUUAAAUUAGUCUAGUCAAAUGUUGUGGUUCUAUUCCUUGUUUUUAGUGUUUGUGUUAAAAAUAUCACCUUUAUGUAAUAAUUUUGGAAUCUUUUUGUUUGGCUUAUAAAUUCUAAUGUCCCCAUGUUUGUCUAUUAAAAAAUUCGGGACCCAAUAUAAA